UGCUGGGGGCCCGGGGCUGUCAAACCCACCGACCUACGAAUCCCUUAGCGGGCUCUACCCCGCGGGAAUGGGAUCUAAAGCCCACAAACCGCCGUCUAGGCACGUGCGGCGAAGGGAAGUGCUCCUUUGAUGACCAAUCAGCGGCGAGAAGCCGUUUCAACGUCCCACCCUCUUCCCCCCCUCCUCCUUGGCGCCUCCUAUUCCUUUCCCCUCCUUCCAGCGCCGUGUCUGCGCCGAAAGGCCCUUGCCGGACACCGUAGCCCGCGCGCCCGCCCGCGACUCCCGCCGCAGCCUGCUUCCGAGACAUGGCUUACUCCGAGGCCGACUGGAUAACUGUUGCCAAUAACCUCCUUUUGAAAUGUCACAUAAAUCUGAGGAUACGAGAACUGGAAGAUUGUGAUGCUAAUGUUUUUAUUGCUCUUUAUCAAUACAUUUUGGGAGAAAAGGUACCAGACCUCAUUACUAUUCCCAAGAGUCAAGAGGAUGAAGCUCACAAUGUACAAGCAGUAAUUGAUUCCCUGGCCUUGGAUUACCUGCAGGUCAGCUUGUCUCACAUAACAGGAGAAAACAUAGUAAAAGGAGACAAAGAAUCUAUUAAGAAUCUUCUAGAAAUCCUUGAUGGGUUGCUGGAGUAUCUUACAGAACAUGUCAGUGAAGCAUCUUAUGAGAAAAGUGAAACUGAACAGUAUUUUAAACAGCCUGAAGACCUUUUGGAAGUGGAAGAAAAUGUUAAAGAUUCCAAAUCACGGAAAAAAGUUUCUUUUGGGAGGUGCUCCAUGUCACCUGAGGCAUUGGGACCUUCUUGGGAAGGAGAUGAAGCAGAAUCUACUGGUGAACUUAUUAGGCUCGGAGAUACAGCACACACCUUUUCUCUAAGAAGUAACGGUGUUCAAGAUCCUAAUGAAAUGCAGUCUAAAACCUCAGCUGUGCCACAUUUCAAAUUUCAUAAAGAGGCUUUGGAACCUCCCUCAUCUACUGUUUUGUCAAAGACUAGGACAUCCCUUGUUGAAGAUGAAAUUCCUGUGGAUCUGAUUCCAAGCGCUCGGAAGCUAGGGGAACCUAUCCGUUCUGCUAUUCCUUUACAUCCCCCCUACCAGCCUUCAGAACAGCGAGCUCCUUACCCCAUAGGAAAAGACUAUCUGCUUUCAAGCCACUGCUUUCCUGCAAUGACCUCUACUGGAGAGGACACUGCCUUUCCUGUGGAAUCAGAAAACAGCGUUUUCUUAACUUCUAAGUUGCAUAAGGAUAACAAACAGGAAAUAAGUCCAGACCUGGCUCAAAGCCCUAGAACAAGGAAACUACCCAAAGGAAAAAGAUAUGAAAACAAAGCUGCAGACUUGUACUGGGAUUCAUCUUUCUCCCAGAGACUAAGAAAGAGGUUAACAGAGCACGGAUUACAAUCAGUAUCAGAGAAACUCUCCCAGAGACUCUAUGAACUAGAUUUGAUGUUGAAAAGUGCCCUGGGUGAUCGAGUUCAAGAAAAGACUGACUCUGAAGAGGAGAACAUUCAAAGUGAAGACACUUUGUCUCAACACAGUGACAGCAUCAUGGAACGUGAGCUGAAGAAACCAAGGCCAGGACUUGCCAUGCGUAGAAAGCCACCCUGUAGAUCUCACUCACUCUCUCCAUCACCAGUUAAUAAAAACAAACAGUUUAUAGAGAGAAAAAGUCAGAAGCCAAAAGAAACAGAUAACCGGCGAUUCCAGGCCAAGGUAAUAAGUGAAGCAUUUGAAAGAGAAUUAAGAAGAAGUAAAAUUCAAGAGAAUAUUGGACCUCUAGGAAUAAGUGACGAGGAGGAAACAAAGAAAAUAUACAGAGAACCUGUUCUUAAAGGAACUCCAAAGUCUAGUCGGUCCUGGAAGAUGUGCUCUAGAAGAACCACGACUCAAAAUCUAAGAGAUAACUUGCCACAGCCAUUCAGUAAAGCAGUUCCAAUGAAAAUAAAUGAACAAAGUCUCCUGCCCAUGAUGCUGGAGCAGUUUCCAUUUCUCUACGUUUCUGGUCAAACACUGAGCAAAAUGUGGAAAAAGCAAAUUGCACAGAUUGAACAACUCAAAAAAGAUGCAUGUAGAAAAAAUCAAUCAAAGAAGAAACUCCAAGAUGAAAUAGAAGAAGCCUUAAGGAGACAUGAACUCCUUACCGCACUUGUCAAAAAAGAAUAUGAACAUAACAAGAGACUGCAAGACUUCAAGGACCGCAUUCACAGACAGAAGUAUACCCAAUCAAAGAUAAAAGAAAAUCGGCAGCAGAUUAUUCGUGCUCGAAAAUAUUAUGAUGAGUAUAGAGUUCAUUUGCGUUCAAAAAUGAUGAAAAUGAGGACCCGGGAAGAAAUGAUAUUUAAGAAACUAUUUGAAGAAGGUUUACAAAUCCAGAAGCAAAGAUUACGAGACCUAAGAAACUAUGCCAAAGAAAAGCGAGAUGAACAAAAGAGACAGCACCAGAAUGAACUGGACUCAAUGGAGAACUACUAUAAGGACCAGUUUUCAUUGCUGGCAGAAGCUAUAUCACAGGAACAUCAAGAGCUCAGAGCCAGGGAGAAAUCCCAGGCACAGACAUUAUGUAAGGUGAAGAGAGAGCUGAGAUCUAAGAUGGAGAAGGAAAUUCAGCAACUGCAACACAUGAUAACAGAGAAUGACGACGAUGCUUUCUUCCGGGAAUUGGAAGCUGAGCGCUUCCGAGCUCAGCUUCAUCUGGCUUCCUUUCAGUUCAGUAAAAAUCACUUCUUAUGACUUCCUGAGAAAAGUUUCUGAAGGAGUGUUUUGAGGGCUGAAUCAGUAAACUAAACCAGAAGAUUAAUUUCCAAAUGUCUUAUCUACUUAUUCCA